UUCUAUAUAAUCUGUGUCAGUGUCACCUUUCCAAUAUUUCAGUGUUGUUUGUUGAUGACUACUGAACUUUCUAAAAUUCUAAUGCAGUUCUAUUAUAUGUUUUGUGUACGCAGUACGCUUAUGCAGUAAUCAAUGUAAUGGUAAUAUUGGUAAUAGCAGAGUUAACAGCAAAAGGUUGCAAAUAAUUGGAAAUUUGGAGAAAACUGGUAAUUGGCUGUUUGACGUGAAUUCAUCGACAAAACAAAAUGGAUUUACUGACGGACCCAGAAGAAAAAAUUAUGUGCCCAUAUAACCCUGCUCAUCACAUCAUGAGAAAGCGCAUGAAUACGCACCUUUCUAAGUGCAAAAGGAAUUAUCCAGAAUCUAAAUUAGUAGAAUGCGACUUUAAUGUAAACCAUAAGGUCCCAGAACCAGAGCUACAGUACCAUCACGAGAAUUGUCCAGAUAGACGUAAAAUCGAGCACACUGUUUACCAUGAAGAAGGAGUACCCAUUAACAAGUUUCCUGUACACAAUAUUGAAGUACAAGCAGAUGAAUCAUGGGAUAGUUACGAUGUUCCCUCAUAUGAUCCUGUGAAAUAUUGCGAAACAAAUGUGGUUAUCCGUCGCAUGGACGUGGCAUCCGCCGCAGUAAGAAAGAACUUUAGAAUGGAGGAGCGGCACAGAUUGAAUGAACUGUCAAUCAACAAACCUAUACCGUCAUCUUCAAUUCAGCCACAACAAUCAAACAGAAAUCAUCCUGGAGCUCGAAGGAAUCUUCCUGAAAUCCCAAGAGGUACAGUUGCAGAAGAUACUCCCGAGUCGGUGGCCGAGAUCAUGAAUAGGAUCGUUAUAGGAAAAGACAAGGCGUUCAUUCCUAAGCCGAGAGCGGGACAGUGAAAUGCAGUAUGAAAUUGGUUCAUGUUUCGACGAUUAUUUACUUUCAAUAUGAUUCUUUUAUCCCAAUAAUUAAUUUUCAGUGUAAAACGGUGUAUCUUUCUUUUUAGAAUAUAUUUUAUUUAGUGUUAGUUUUUCUGUAUCAUAAGUAUAAUUCUAAGAAUAAUGGUGUUUGUUAUUAGAAUAUAUUUUAUUUAGUGUUUUUCUAUAUCGUUCAUAUGUAUCCAAGUGCUAGAGUUUGUAAAUGUUGGAGUGGGUAACAAAUUUAUUCUACUUAAUAAAUUACUUUAACAAAA